AUGGCGUGCAGAUUGGCGUGCGCCAUGGGGGUUGGCGACUGGAGGAAGAUCGUGUGGACUGACAAUUCCUUCUUUGAAAUCCCAAAAGUUGGAGAGUUGACUCCUAAACCCCCCAAACCCCCGAUUUUGGGAGUCGAUCCCCCAAACCUGGUUGAUGGCGCCACAUUUGGAAAAGUGCGCGCCAAAGGGCGCGUCCAAAAUUGUUACCAAACUUUUCUUGCCCCCAAACAUUUCUUUCCCCACCACCAGCUGACUGAACCUGAAAAUUUUAGUAUUGGGUCCGGGGAUCAGGGGCCUUCGGGGGCAAAAUAA